AUGUUCCAUGGAUUGCCAAGUGAAGACCCCAUUGACCACCUUGAUGAGUUUGAUAGGCUUUGUGAUUUGACAAAGAUCAAUGGUGUCUCUGAAGAUGCCAUCAAGCUGAGACUCUUUCCUAUGUCUCUAGCUGACAAAGCUCACCAAUGGGAGAAGAGCUUGCCCCAUGGCACAAUCACCACUUGGGAUGAAUGCAAGAAGGCCUUUCUUGCUAAGUUUUUCUCCACCGGUCGCACAGCCAAGCUUAGAGGAGAGAUAUCCAGCUUCAUCCAGCGAAACAAUGAGACAUUCGCAGAGGCUUGGGAGAGGUUCAAAGGCUACACAAGUCAGUGCCCACACCAUGGAUUCAACAAUGAAUCACUACUCUCCACUCUUUAUAGAGGAUGCUUGCCUAGGUAUAGGGAGAUGCUAGACACAGCUAGCAAUGGGAACUUCCUCAACCAGGAUGUAGAUGAUGGCUGGCAACUUGUGGAGAACAUAGCUAACUCAAAUGGAAGCUAUGGAGAAGAGUAUGAUCGCACCAACCGGAGCUCGACCCACCACUCGAUCGAGUCAGACGAAAAGUUGAGAAAAGAUGUUAAGGCAUUGAAUGAGAAGUUGGAUAAGCUGAUCCUAGCUCAGUCCACAAUGAAGAAAGUCAACUUUGUGUCUGCUGAGGAGAUGGAACCAGUCCAAGAAGGGGAGGAUACACAAUUUGCUGAGGUGUGCUACAUGAGCAAUGGGCAAGGAGGUUACAACAAAGGAUACUAUAAUUACAAGUCCAACCCUGCCAUGUCAUACCGCAACACUGAUGUUGCUAACCCUCAGGACCAAGUAUAUCCUCAACAACAAGCAGCUCGAUCGAGUCAGGUGCCACAACAUGGGUAUGGUCAAAAGAACAAUUACCAAGGACCACAAGGCACUUUCCCUGGACAACAAAUGAAUAUCCCACCAGGCUUCCCCCACCAACCACCCCAGCCUGCACCUUCGCAAGAGAAUGAGCUCAAGGCAAUGCUAAAGCAACUACUUCAAGGGCAAGCUGAUGGGGUAGUGGACACAAGCAAGAAGCUAGCUGAAAUAAACUCUAAGAUCGAGAACCUCAACACAAGGGUUUACUCUCUGGAGAAUCAUGCUUCUUCUGUUGCUGCUGCUACAAAGCAAGGACAACUACCUGGUAAAGCUAUUCAGAACCCCAAGGAACAGUGCAAGGUCAUCUUCACUCAAGAAGGACUUGUUGAAGAAGAGGAUCAAGAAAGGGUCAUUGAAGAUUUUUGUUUACUGCUGAAUGAUGAAGAGAUUGUUGCUGCUGAGGCUCCUGGAGUCCAGAUUGAUCAACCAGAAGUGCAUGCACCUACUGUGGCCAUUCACACUUCACCAGUUGAGCUCGCACAACAAGCUCGAUCGGCAGCUCGAUCGAGUCCAACUCUAGCUCGAUCGAGUCCGACCUCUUCUGUCCAAAACCUGUUUUGCUUGAUCCUUACCAACCGGUUGCCGCUUCCUCGUCUCGCCUACUUAGUCAAGGUCACAAGGAAGUGA